AUGCUAAACAGACGCAAGAAUCUCUCGCACAAGCAGCGCAGGGAGCAGAUGAUGCUCAAGCGCGCCGUCAAGCGCGGCGACAUCUCUCCUCCCCCCGCACUCAGACCAGACAGGCGCGUCCGCAAACCGCGCAACCCCGCCGUCGCCCUCCCCGACCAUGCACGCCAUGCGCGUCGGCUUCAAUCCGAGUUCAUCAAGCUCCCUGCGCCCUUCCUCAAAAAGACCGAGAUCCUCGCGUCUGCGAUCCCGCUCGCCCGCCCCGUUCCGCCCGAGGCCGCGAUCCUCCCAGAUGUGAACGCUGAAUCUCCGAGCUCAGCGGAGCACACGAGCACUGAGGCGACCUCAGCGGAAAACACAAGCACUCCAGCGGUCCAGCUGACGUGUCCGAGGCGUCCCAAAUGGCGCUACGACCAGUCCAAGAACGAGAUCGAAGCGAACGAGGAGGGCCUCUUUGCCAAAUGGCUCGCACAGACUGACACCGCGCUCAGCGCGUGGUGCACCACGGAGGACCCCCCGGCGCCCGACCCUACUCCCGCGGAUCAAGAACCUCCUCCGCCUAAUGCGGAGCCAGAACAGAUGCCCCAUGCGCCGACCAGCUUCGAGCGCAACAUCGAAGUGUACCGCCAACUUUGGCGCGUGACCGAGAUCUCCCAGAUCCUCCUCAUCUUGCUUGACGCGCGCUGCCCGACCCUGCACUUCCCACCCGCGCUCUCGACGUACCUCUCGACGGUGUCCAACGCGACGCGCCUUCGUACCAUACUUGUACUCACUAAGGUCGACAUCGUCGGCCCCGAACGCGCCGCCGCGUGGGAGCGCGACCUGCAGAAGCGCUUUCCCGGGGUGCGCGUCGUGCAGGUCGAGUCGUAUGUGGAGAAGCAUCACCCAGACACCCAUGGAGGAAUGACUGCCGGCUCGCGGCGCGCCCAUAAACCGUAUCUACCGUCUGCAUUCCGCGCUGCACUCGUUGACGCGUUGCGCGCGACGCACUCGGAAUUGUUGGAGCCGCCGGCGGAGGUGAAAGCCAAGCCGCAGAGGCUAGCGAACUGGAAGCCGCGCGUGAAGACGCAGGUCAACUGGGACGCAGUUCUUCAGGCACAUGGAGGGCAAGUUGGCACCACGGUAGGAGGCGCUGCGGCACCGAAGCCAGAUAAGACCGCGGCGGACGACCACGCAGAUGGCGAACAUACGGACGAAGAAACCGAACCCGAAUUUCUGACCGUCGGCGUCAUCGGCCAGCCCAAUGUUGGCAAAUCAUCGCUGCUGAACGCGUUGUUCGGCGCGACGAAAGUGAAGGCGUCCAGCACGCCAGGCAAGACGAAGCACUUCCAGACACUAUUCUGGACACCCGAAGUCCGGCUCGUAGACUGCCCAGGGCUCAUCUUCCCGAAUUAUGUGGAUAUGGAGACACAGGUGCUGACCGGGAUCCUGCCCAUCGCGCGCGUGUCCGCGAUCCCGCUCUGCAUCCACCACGCCGCGCAGCUGCUCCCACUCGAGGCCGUGCUCGGACUCACGCACCCGUCGCUCGACGAGCCACCGCCCGAGUACAAGCGCACGUGGCGCGCGGGGAUGCAGCCGCACGCGGAGGAGCGGGCGCGCCUGCGUGCGCAGACGUGGACCGCCAAUGACAUCCUCACCGCGUACGCGACGAAGAAGGGCUGGAUUACGGCGCGUGUCGGCCGUCCGGACGUGAAGCGGGCUGGGAACGCGAGUGCGUGUUUUCCAUUUGUGUGCAUUCUGCGCGCGCUCGCCGGAGGCGCCAUCCGCUGGGCGUUCUGGCCCCCGGGCACCGACGCAGCCACGAUCAAGGCGAACGAGCCCAUCCCGGGCGCGGGUAUCUGGAUCGACCACGGGCAGCACGAUAUCGACAUCGACGACGACGCGCACCCGCACGAGCGCGGAUCGUCCGAAGACGACGACGAUCACGGCGGCUCGUCCGAGGAAGACGACAGCGGGGAAGAAGGCAUCAGCGAGGAAGAUGAGGAGGAAGAGAACGGAGGUGAGGAGGACGGCGACGACGCGGCCGAGGUCGGCGCAGGGGCGGGGACUGGCGGGAAGCCGAAGCUCGCUGGGACCGCAGGCCGGUUCGGCGCGCUCGUGCUGGAUGAUGAGGAUCAGGACGAGGAUGCGGACAGCGAUGCGUCGAAUGGAAGGGAGUGA